AUGAAGUUGUCAAUGAAAUUAUCUAUCCUCAUUUUGGUUGCAUUGACUUUCACAUUAACCGUUAAUAGCUCGCCAAUUAUUGAAAGAAGGCGAUUCGGUCGGGAGCAUACUCCUGAAGCUGAUUCUGUUUAUGAUUGUAUGAAAGCACAAGUCCUAGGUGCUGGAAUUGAACUUGAAGCCGCUGCUGGUGCUUUAGUGAAUGCAUCUGUAUUUGCUCUUUUAGUCAAAGCUGGCGCAUGUGAUCAGCAAAAUGCUGCUGAUCAAUGCCUCGAUCUUGCUGAUAGAGUUGAUGCUAAAUUUGAAUCUAAUAAAGAAGGUAAAGCUAGAAAAAAGGCUCUUACAAAGUGCUGCGUAACAUAUCGACAACUUGAACGUAACACUAAUGGUGAUGGUGUAGCAUCUGCAAACUGCACUGAAGCACCAAGACACAAAAUACUUGAAGGAUUAGCACAAGCUCAAGAUCCAACUGGAUUAAAAACAACUGCUGGAUUCUCAGGAGAAUCGCCAACCGAUACGCCGACUACAUCGGCCACCCCAACAAAAAAACCUAAGAAAAAUCCUAAGAAAAAAAAUCCGAAGACUGAGCCGACUCCAUCAACCACCCCAACAGCAAAACCUAAAGAUUCUUUGAAUAGCGUGUCCACAUCUAUGCCAACAACGACAGGCGCAGCUUAA